CCCUCCCGGCGACAAUCAGGGGAAUAAAUCAGGGAGGAACCGAGAGGGAGCGAGAUAGCGCCUGGGCGCGAGCACCGGCGGGCUCGCCCAGGUCUGUUUCCAAAGUCGCCCUUGAUGGCGGCGGAGCCCGGGCGGCCGCGGCGAGGAGCAGCCUGCGCGCGCUAGUGGGUCCCCCGCCGCCGCCCCUUCCCCGGCGCCGGGUGCGCCCCCGCCAACCCCCGCCCGAGUCCGCGCCCCGGGCCGGGCGCGCCGGCUCCAGACGCCCGCGAUCCGGCCGGCCGGGGUGAGCUGCUGCCCCGGCGCCCGCCGACUCCAGCGCCGACCCUGCCCGCGGCCGGGGAGGGAGGCGGGAUUGAUCUUCGAUCGCGAAGAUGGCUGCUGGCUGCCUGCUGGCCUUGACUCUGACACUUUUCCAAUUUUUGCUGAUGGGCCCCUCGUCCGAGGAGCCGUUUCCUUCGCCCGUCACUAUCAAGUCAUGGGUGGAUAAGAUGCAAGAAGACCUUGUCACACUGGCAAAAACAGCAAGUGGAGUGAAUCAACUUGUCGAUAUUUAUGAGAAAUACCAAGAUUUGUAUACUGUGGAACCAAAUAAUGCACGCCAGUUGGUGGAAAUUGCAGCCAGGGAUAUUGAGAAACUUCUAAGCAACCGAUCUAAAGCCUUGGUGCGCCUGGCUCUGGAAGCAGAGAAAGUUCAAGCAGCCCACCAGUGGAGGGAGGAUUUUGCAAGUAAUGAAGUUGUCUACUACAAUGCAAAGGAUGAACUUGAUCCUGAAAAAAAUGACAGUGAACCAGGGAGUCAGAGGAUAAAACCAGAAUUUGAACAUGAUGCAAAUUUUGGACGACGAAUAUCCUAUCAGCAUGCAGCAGUCCACAUUCCCACAGACAUCUACGAGGGCUCAACAAUUGUGUUAAAUGAACUCAACUGGACGAGUGCCUUAGAUGAAGUUUUCAAAAGAAAUCGAGAUGAAGAUCCUUCAUUGUUGUGGCAGGUAUUUGGUAGCGCCACCGGCCUGGCCCGUUACUAUCCAGCUUCCCCGUGGGUUGAUAACAGCAGAACUCCAAAUAAGAUUGACCUUUAUGAUGUACGCAGAAGACCAUGGUACAUCCAAGGAGCUGCAUCUCCUAAGGACAUGCUUAUUCUGGUUGAUGUGAGUGGAAGUGUUAGUGGUUUGACACUGAAACUGAUCCGAACAUCUGUCUCUGAAAUGUUGGAAACCCUCUCAGAUGACGAUUUUGUGAAUGUGGCUUCAUUUAACAGCAAUGCCCAAGAUGUAAGCUGUUUUCAGCACCUUGUCCAAGCAAAUGUAAGAAAUAAGAAAGUGCUGAAAGAUGCCGUGAAUAAUAUCACAGCAAAAGGAAUCACAGAUUAUAAGAAGGGUUUUAGUUUUGCUUUUGAACAGCUGCUUAAUUAUAAUGUUUCCAGAGCCAACUGCAAUAAGAUCAUCAUGUUGUUCACGGAUGGAGGAGAAGAGAGAGCCCAAGAGAUAUUUAACAAAUACAACAAAGACAAAAAAGUACGUGUAUUCACUUUUUCAGUUGGUCAACAUAAUUAUGACAGAGGACCUAUUCAGUGGAUGGCCUGUGAAAACAAAGGUUAUUAUUAUGAAAUUCCUUCCAUUGGAGCUAUAAGAAUCAAUACUCAGGAAUAUCUGGAUGUUCUGGGAAGACCAAUGGUUUUAGCAGGAGACAAAGCUAAACAAGUUCAGUGGACAAAUGUGUACCUGGAUGCUCUGGAACUGGGACUUGUCAUUACUGGAACUCUUCCGGUCUUCAACAUAACUGGCCAAGUUGAAAAUAAAACAAAGAACCAGCUGAUUCUUGGUGUGAUGGGAGUUGAUGUGUCUUUGGAAGAUAUUAAAAGACUGACACCACGUUUUACACUGUGUCCUAAUGGCUAUUACUUUGCUAUUGAUCCGAAUGGUUAUGUUUUAUUACAUCCAAAUCUUCAGCCAAAGCCUAUUGGUGUAGGUAUACCAACAAUUAAUUUCAGAAAAAGGAGACCCAAUGUUCAGAACCCCAAAUCUCAGGAGCCAGUAACAUUGGAUUUCCUUGAUGCAGAAUUAGAGAAUGAUAUUAAAGUGGAGAUUCGAAAUAAAAUGAUAGAUGGAGAAAGUGGAGACAAAACAUUUAGAACUCUGGUUAAAUCUCAAGAUGAGAGAUAUAUUGACAAAGGAAACCGGACAUACACAUGGACGCCUGUCAAUGGUACAGAUUACAGUUUGGCCUUGGUAUUACCAACCUACAGUUUUUACUAUAUAAAAGCCAAAAUAGAAGAGACAAUAACUCAGGCCAGAUAUUCAGAAACACUGAAGCCUGAUAAUUUUGAAGAAUCUGGCUAUACAUUUAUAGCACCAAGAGAUUACUGUAAUGACCUUAAAAUAUCAGAUAACAACACUGAAUUUCUGUUAAAUUUCAAUGAGUUUAUUGAUAGAAAAACUCCAAACAACCCAUCAUGUAACACGGAUUUGAUUAAUAGGGUCUUGCUGGAUGCAGGUUUUACUAGUGAACUUGUACAAAAUUACUGGAGUAAGCAGAAAAAUAUCAAGGGAGUGAAAGCACGGUUUGUUGUGACUGAUGGCGGGAUUACCAGAGUUUAUCCAAAAGAGGCUGGAGAAAAUUGGCAAGAAAACCCAGAGACAUACGAAGAUAGCUUCUAUAAAAGGAGUCUAGAUAAUGAUAACUAUGUUUUCACUGCUCCCUACUUUAACAAAAGCGGACCCGGUGCUUAUGAAUCAGGCAUCAUGGUAAGCAAAGCUGUGGAAAUAUAUAUCCAAGGAAAACUUCUUAAACCUGCAGUUGUUGGAAUUAAAAUUGAUGUAAAUUCCUGGAUCGAAAAUUUCACCAAAACAUCUAUUAGAGAUCCGUGUGCUGGUCCAGUUUGUGACUGCAAAAGAAACAGUGAUGUGAUGGAUUGUGUGAUUCUAGAUGACGGUGGGUUUCUUUUGAUGGCCAAUCAUGAUGAUUAUACUAACCAGAUCGGAAGAUUUUUUGGAGAGAUUGAUCCAAGUUUGAUGAGACACCUGAUUAAUAUAUCGGUGUAUGCUUUUAACAAAUCUUACGAUUAUCAGUCAGUGUGUGAGCCUGGUGCUGCACCCAAGCAAGGAGCAGGUCAUCGCUCAGCUUAUGUGCCAUCCAUUGCAGACAUACUACACAUUGGCUGGUGGGCCACCGCUGCUGCCUGGUCUAUUCUACAGCAGUUUAUCUUGAGUUUGACCUUUCCACGUCUCCUUGAAGCAGUUGAGAUAGACGACGAAGAUUUUGCAGCCCCGCUAUCCAAACAGAGUUGCAUUACUGAACAAACCCAGUAUUUCUUUGAUAAUGACAGUAAAUCGUUCGGUGGUGUACUAGACUGUGGCAACUGUUCCAGAAUCUUUCAUGUAGAAAAACUUAUGAACACUAAUUUAAUAUUCAUAAUGGUGGAGAGCAAAGGGACUUGUCCCUGCGACACUCGCCUUCUCAUCCAAGCAGAGCAGACCUCUGACGGUCCAGAUCCUUGUGAUAUGGUUAAGCAGCCAAGAUACCGAAAAGGGCCUGAUGUCUGCUUUGAUAACAAUAUCCUGGAAGAUUAUAGUGACUGUGGUGGCGUUUCUGGAUUGAAUCCCUCCCUAUGGUCCAUCCUUGGAAUACAAUUUGUACUACUUUGGCUUUUAUCCGGCAGUAGACACUGCCACUUAUGACCUUCUAAAACCAAAUCGACAUGCUUAAACUCCAGACCCUGCCAAAACAUGAGCCCUCAAUUGCAUUAAAACAGGAUCAGCUGUGGAAUCAGCAGAACAUUAGCUGGGCCCCGACCAUGGCAUAAAUCUAAGGACAGACUCAUAGGCACCCACUGGCUGCAUGUCAGGGUGUGAGAUCCUAAACUUGUGUGAAUGCUGCAUCAUGUAUGUAUAACAUCAAAGCAAAAUUCUAUAUGUGCUCUAGUGGAAAAUCUGAGAGUUUGUUGUUGCAUUGUUGGUGAUUAUAUGUAAAAGGGCUCCCCACACAAUCGUUUAUGAAUCAUGCAAAUUGUAUUGAUUUUAACCUGGAAUUUUGACUUGCUGCAGUCCUUGUUCUGUUACCAAGAAAAUCUCUCGGGGGAAAUUACUUAUUUUUGCCUUUACUUGUUCUGCUAAAAAUUAUUUCCUGCUUUGAAUAGUUAUUAUUAAGAAAAAAAAUAUAUAUAUAUAUAUCUAUAUAAAGAGAGAGAAUUUAACAUUGGUGUAAUCUCUUGAAAUAUAAAUGGCUAAUUUUCUAUUAAAAAUUCGCCAUGAAUAAAAUGCCUUAUGAAGAAUGGCUUCUACGCCAAAAAUAUAACACAAAUGAUGACCAAUUAAGUUUUGGUGGGGUAAUUUAUUGGUUGUUUGAAAAUAAUAACUAAGAAAUUAUUAACCUUAAGGUGCUUGAGGGUGAAAUUAGAAUAUGCGAUAUAUUUCCUCAUAAAUGUAAGCCCUUAGAAAUGCUUUGAUGUAAUGUUCCUUUUGUUAACAGUAAAGUUGUGUAGUGCUGGCCAGAUAUUUCAAAAUGCUCUAAGAAAAGCUUGUUGGGGGGAGGGGGAAAUGUUUUUCUUGUGAUAAAUGAAUGAACUUUGGUUACCAAGGGUAUUUUGCAUGAUGCUGCUGCUAUUUUAACUUUCAGUUUAUUUUUCUCUUACUGUAGAGUGUAGUCCAUUGAAAAGUUAAUUGAGUGACAUUAUUGUUAUGUAAGAAUCUGAACCUUGCAAUGUAAUGCACUUAAGUCAUCUUUUAAAAUGUCGUUAAACUACUCUGAAUAUACUGUGCAAUGUAAAUGCUGGAUGAUUGGGUUAGAUAAAUGGUGACAUGGGAAUUAAUGGAUUUUAUACAGAUUCGUGCUUUUGCCUGAAAACCUAUGUACAGAUAUUUUAAGUACAUAAAUCAGAUUUGACACAUUUAUUUUUUGAAAAGUACAUAUAUGUUCUCAAUGAAGAUUCAUCUUAGGUUUCCUCUUUGUUCGUUUGAAAAGUGGCACAUAUUAUUGAAAAAUUUCUGCUGCUGCUCUUGCUGCUUUAGCCCCUCUGUUUUAAAGGUAGGAUCACUUCACCAAAAUUUUCAUGCAGUUUGAUGAGGGUUUUACAAAAAUAUGAACAAAUAGGAAACCUUGAAUCUAUAUGUAUGCACAUGAAUACUUGAUUGUGAAUAAUCAAAAUUGUUUUUAUACAGCCUCAUUGGUGAAAAGUUAGUGUAGUAAAUCAGAUAAUUCAUUAUAGAUUAACACGGUAGCAAAAUAUUAUUUAUGCUUUCAAAAAUUAUUUUCAAGAGUAAACAGUAUUUGAAGAGAGGGUAAUAAUGAGUAUGUCACUCUAGUUAGUGAAAUAAUUCUACUGAAGGCUGGAAGCAGAUAUUUUUUAUGGUAAAAUGCGUUUUUUUGGACAUGCCAAAUAUUGGUGUGUGUAUAUGCUGGAAAUUUUCUUAUAUAUUAUUUUUAAGUCAAAAUCUUAAUAUUAUACAGCAUGCUUUAAUAUGUUUCACAUAUCAAAUAUAUAACACUAAUUCUUUAGCAUAGUUUCAGAGAUAUAUUUGAUUUUAGCUUUGCAUACAUUUGUAAUUCCUUCCUACCACCAAUAUACCCUAGGUACCAUUUGUGUACAUUUCCUUAUUUUAAAUAUUUUUUUAUUUAAAAGGGGGGAGGGGAAAAUGGAAUCACUUUGCCAAUUAUUGUUCUAAGAGUUGACAUCGGUUACCAUUUCUAAUGCAUUGUUGUGAUUUUGUAGUCUCACUUGUAACUGGUAUUGCCAUUUUAGAAAACACCAAAGUGAUUUAAAAAAAAUAUGGAACUUCUCACUCUAGGAACAAUAUGUUUAAAUCAUGUUGUUUGUAAAUUAAACUUAUUGUUAACUUUUGCUAGACUAUUUUAAAUCAUGAAAGUAUUGGGACGGGGAUAUCAAAAUACGGAAUUAUAUUAGUUUAUGUAUAUAUGACGCACAUUAAAAAAAAUUGAUUGCUUCCAGCAUACAACAAACUACCUUAAGUUAUGUUAAAAAUCUAUUAAAUAUAUUUUCAUGGCUGAUGUCACUGAAAUAGUAUGUUUUCAUCAACUACAUUAUUGUUGUAUUGUUAAUCACAGUUAAACUUGGCAUCUCUUGGCAGGGUCCUAUUUGAUUUCAUUUGCCAUCAAAAUAUAUUUACACGCAUGAUUCUUUUGGUUAUAAAAUAGUUCUAUAUUAUGGCAACUAUAUACAUGAUAAUAAAUUGGGUAAGAAUGUGCUCUCUGACUAAAAUUGUUCUCAUGACUAAUGCUGUUCAUCAUGCUUUCAUCAUACUUUUAAAGAAGAAAGUAACGCCCCUCCAAUCCCAUUGUCACAUUUCACUUAGGAUUUUUCUGUAAGUUCCAAUUGUUGACAAGAACUUAAAUUAUAGCCUGUUAUAAAUAUUGAUUUCUAAAUACUGGGCAGUACAGGAGAUCAAGAAGAAAGCUCUUAAACUCUAAGUUUUGCUACAUUCAUGCAACUUAAUGGAGUAUGUCACCAAAAACAAUAUCAGAAUAAGACUUGCUUUGGUGUUGACUAACAGGAAUGAAUUUUGCAUUACAGAUUUCUUUUUUUCUUCAUUUGAACAACCAGCAUUACUGCCAAACACCAAUCGUGGUCCAUAUUUGUAACAGGUUUUUAACAUGACAUUGCAAGUUUGAUUGAGGAGAUUUUUAGGUCCUGGGCUUGUAAGAUUUUAGUAUGAUCUUUUUUCAUGUUUCUAAUGCUGAGGCAUUAUUGCUUAACUUGGAAAAACAAAACAGUGUUGCUGCCAUUUGUAAGUUUUCCUAUAAAAUUCCUUUUAUUAACUUAAAAACUGGCCUUACUGGGUUCAAAUAGGCAGUAUCUCUUUUAAGUGACCUUUGCAACCCAAGUGUUACUUGCUUAUUUGAUGCUCUCUUCUAUUUUACAUCUCAUUUAAAUCUUAUCUCCAUCAAAGCUUAAAUUCUAUGUCUCAAUUUAAAACUCUUAAAACUAUUCCAUUAAUCAUGUUGAUUAACAUGAAAAUGUCUAGAGAUAGAGUUAGACUAAUUGAAACAAAAUGGGUGUUGUGAAUUUUUUUAAUGUAAAAUAAAAAUAGACUAUUUCCUUGCCCACAAUUUCAAAUAUCUUAAUAUCUGCAACUUGUAUUGUUUUCCCAUAGUAGAAUGUUAGCAUUGCUAAUAUUCAGUGUAAAUUUCUGUAAAGAGCAAAUCAAUAAAACAAAGGUAAGUUUAAAAUAAUUCCAAAUUUUCAAAGAUUUAGACAACCCUUACCAACAGUUUCAUCUACCUUAUUUCUAGUUCACAUAAUUAACUCAAAAAAAUUCCACUGGACUAAUGGGAUACUGUCUUGUAUAGAUGCCAAUUGAGUUUACAGUGUGACCUGACAAAGCUGUCCUUUUUGUUGUGCUGUGUGAUCGUUGGAUCAUGCUUUUAGGGAUACUUUUAUUGAAAUGCUCAGUGUGCAUCCAUGCAAAAGGCCAAGUGGCUUUGUGAACAAAUGAUCUUUUCUCCCCUUUAUUAUGUUCUCUUGACACUUUUGUGGAAAUUAACUAGCCUGAGAAAAACAUUUUGUAAAAAUUUGUAUAAUACUGUUAUAAAAAUAUUUAUAAUCCCAGAAAAUGUUGUGUUAAAUCUUGUGCAAAAACAGUAUAUUCAGAAUAAAAGUUUAUCAUU